GGAGGGUGGCUCACUCUCAUUCUGCUCGGAAGCUGAAGUCGGAGGCGGAGCAAUGGAUGAGAAGAAGGGGAAAGGAAUAAUGGCAGCGAAACCUAAAUCGUUUAAGAUCCACCGGAAAUCAUCUUUGGCUUCGAAGCUCAAAUCCUCCAUCUCCGCCCAGCUCCUCCGCUUCCUCGGUCAUUACUCCGACGACGUCCUCGCCGAGUAUAUUACAGUGCUUGUUUGUAAUGGAAAGCAUCAGUAUCAGGCCAGAGAUGAUCUAGAGGCAUUUCUUGGAGAAAGGAGUGGAGAAUUUGUUUCUUGGUUGUGGGAAUAUCUCUCCAGAUAUGCUCAUCAAGUCAAUGAAGGCACUCGCUUAUUUGAUUCAAUAGAUGUUACUGCCGGCAAGGAUUAUGAUAAUGAUGAAGACAAGGAGGAUUCCAGAUUUGAUGGGUUAAAGAAGGGUGAUAAGACCAAAGAUGAAAAGAUCCACCUUUGGCCAUCCUCUGCUGGCUAUCCUGUGCUAUGCAAUGAUUUGGAAUCAGCUGAAGGUUUUCAACAUCUUGCUGGUUUUUCUACUCCUCCACCUGGGGCUAAUGACAAAUCACUACCACAGACAUGCAGAAGUGAAAUCUUAGGAAAAGUCAGUGCAACUGGUGACAUUGACAAUAACUCCUUGACAUACAAUUCAUCAGUGAAGAGAAGUCCUGUGAUUUCGGCCAGGAAAAAACAAAAUUUUCAGCAUCUGGAAAUGAUUAGGAAGAUUGUCCAGAGCAAUAACAAUGCCCUGCCAAAGACAGAGGUUUUUCUCAGAGAUUUGCAAUCAUUAAUUUCAGAAUACCCUACAUCCAGACAAACAUGUGCCACUAAAGUUUCUGGAAGUGGUCUGUCACUGACAUCAGUUGGUGCAAUUUCAAGAUGGGCAUCUCACCUGCUGAGGAAAAUGCAGAAGGCGAGCGAUAGCGAUGAGGUUGAUGCUAAAAGAGGAAAUGAGAAAGAUGGGUGUGAGGGGUUUUGGAAAUCUGUAUCGGAGAAAUCGCAGAGUUUGAGAGAAGAAUGGGUUCUAGUUUUUACUGCCGAUAUAUACAGGAGGAUAAAUAGAAACACAUUGAUCGAUUCUCGGCUUCCCGCCAAUCCCAUCUUCAACGGUCGGAAAUUUACACCUUUCCCCCAAUUUAAAACCCUAAUUUUCAACAGAAGUUCCAAUUUUCAUGAUCAGCAAAAGCAAGAUCCUUUGCCAAUUCCUAUUCUGAUCAUAAUCGAUAGUUAUAUUUGGGAUUUGACGGUUAAAGUGGAUGUAGAAUACCCUACAUCCAGACAAACAUGUGCCACUAAAGUUUCUGGAAGUGGUCUGUCACUGACAUCAGUUGGUGCAGUAUCCCUACAGAAUGAAAAGCCCCGGGGCAGUGUUUGGGAUAGAUUGGGCAAGCCAUGUGAGGAUAUAUCUGCCAGCAGCAGGGUUACCAAGCUACAAGAUGCUUGUGUCUGGAAACAAGAAGUCCUUGCCCCACAUACUCCAAUAUUUCCUUUGUGGAAUGGUGAAGUUGGCUUGAUUACCCCCAGGCAAGUUUCCAGUCUUGGUAAUGGGUCUGGUGGGAGCAAUACUAUCAAGAGUAGGAUGCCAAAUCCUGGUGCAAGUGCAAUUUGUCAACAGCUUACUGGGAGUAAUAUUAGGGGAAAGAGACAUUUUGAAGAGAUUAGCACUUGCCCUGCUAUGGAUUUAGUUUCUUCAGCUUCCGAGAAGAAUGUGAAUAGUCAAUGCAAAGAAGCUUCACAGGAUUUGAAGAAACCGAAUUUGAUCACCAAGAACCUCAUAACCUCUCCAAAUCUUAUUUCUGAAGUUCUUGAUGUGAAGCAAAGACUGUGCCAAGUUGAAAUUGAGAUGUUAAAGGUUCGAGCAAAGCAGUUGAAGAAGGAGAAUGAUGGGAAAGCAACAUUAUCCUCAAAUUCUGGUUCGAUGAAGCAUCCAAAUGGAGAUAUUGACUCCAGAACUGUAUUUGUCUCAAAUGUACAUUUUGCAGCAACAAAGCAAGCUUUAGUAUCGUACUUCAACAAAUGUGGAGUGGUUGUCAACGCAGUCAUUUUGACUGACAAGGACACUUGCCGGCCAAAAGGGUCUGCUUAUGUUACUUUUGCUACUAAGGAGUCUGUUGACAAGGCAAUUGCUUUAAGUGGAUCAACAUUUCUCUUGAGAACUGUGAAGGUCCAAAGAAAGGCAGAAGCAACUUCUGCAUCAUCUGCGAUGGUGGCUAGAGCUCGUUGCCACCUCAGUAGAACCAUAGCUCAAGCAAAUGCGGCACAAAAAGGAGUAGUGACAUCUAUACAUCAGCUUCCUGCAUCGCUUGAAUCACAAAAGACCCAGGAAAAGAUUUAAUGGACACAACCUCCAGCAACUGCAUGAAAUUUUAACCAUCAUGGCUACUAACUUCUCGUAAAGCCGGAGAGCUUCGGAGUUAACUAGAUCUAGAAUACCGUAUCCAGGUGACUGCACAGAUAUAGGAUGCCAGUUCCGACUAUUACAUGAACUUCUAAAGCUGCAAUUAAAGCCUCAAGAUUGCC